AUGCCUCGUACCGUGGCCCGUGGUAUGGCUCAUCGCCGACUACGAUAUCAGACCGUCGAACCGUCGAGCCGUUGGGAGGUCGAGCUGUACGCUUCCUCGUUCGUUCCACGUCGUUCCCGCAUAACCGCGUUUUCUGUCUGUUGGCUUGUGACUGGGUGUUUGCUUGCGUGUGGUGAAGGUGUGUUCACAUAUGAACAGCCGUCAGUUGGCGUUGGUGCAUGUGAUCAGAGUCUGUUCACAGUAGGACACAGGUUUGUUGACAAAUGUAUGUUCACAACCAACUUGUAUUGGUGCACGUCUGAUCACCACAACACACGCAGAUAUGUUGGUGCACAGUCUUGCAAGUCCUGUUUGCAUCAGCGCACAUGUGAACAUCUGCAUGUCGAGUUUUCAUAUCUGCUCACAGAUGAACAGAUGUCUGUCAAGGACGCACUGGCGUUUGUGCAACAAGUUCAAUGUCAACCAUCGUUUGUUUGA